CUCCAGCCCGGCGAGCUGUGGAUGGCGCAGGCGCGUUCCUGAGGCUCCCGCCGGUCUUCCGAGGGUUGAGAGUCUGGCCCGGCGGGCGGGCGCGCGGGCAGGAGGUGCGGACGAGGCGUGCGCCGGGCACCGGUGGGCGCGAGGGGUCCGGCGGGCUGAGGAGAGGGCGGCGCAGGCCGGCGGUAGCAGCGGCGCGAUGGCGGAGGGCAGUGCGGUGUCUGACCCUCAGCACGCCGCGCGCCUGCUGCGAGCGCUCAGCUCUUUUCGCGAGGAGUCCGGCUUCUGCGACGCGCACCUGGUCCUCGACGGGGAGGAGAUCCCGGUGCAGAAGAACAUCUUGGCGGCGGCCAGCCCAUACAUCAGGACCAAGUUAAACUAUAAUCCUCCAAAAGAUGAUGGAUCACCUUAUAAGAUUGAACUUGAAGGGAUAUCGGUAAUGGUUAUGAAAGAGAUCCUGGAUUACAUCUUCAGUGGGCAGAUCAGGCUAAGUGAAGAUACAAUCCAAGAUGUUGUACAGGCGGCUGAUCUGCUACUGCUAACGGACCUUAAAACUCUGUGCUGUGAGUUUUUAGAAGGCUGUAUUGCUGCUGAGAACUGUAUUGGUAUCCGUGACUUUGCACUACAUUACUGCCUGCACCAUGUGCAUUACCUUGCUACAGAAUACCUGGAAACUCACUUCCGAGAUGUCAGUAGCACAGAAGAAUUCCUAGAACUGAGUCCUCAAAAGCUUAAAGAAGUAAUUUCUCUUGAGAAGUUAAAUGUUGGCAAUGAAAGAUAUGUGUUUGAAGCAGUAAUUCGAUGGAUAGCACAUGAUACAGAAAUAAGAAAGGUCCACAUGAAGGAUGUUAUGUCAGCAUUAUGGGUUUCAGGGUUAGACUCCAGUUAUUUACGGGAACAGAUGCUGAAUGAACCAUUAGUACGAGAAAUUGUCAAAGAGUGUAGCAAUAUACCACUCAGCCAGCCACAGCAAGGAGAGGCAAUGCUAGCAAAUUUCAAACCGCGGGGUUACUCUGAAUGUAUUGUGACUGUUGGUGGAGAAGAAAGAGUUUCACGGAAACCAGCAGCAGCGAUGCGAUGUAUGUGCCCUCUUUAUGACCCUAAUAGGCAGCUUUGGAUUGAACUGGCCCCUUUAAGCAUGCCAAGAAUUAACCAUGGAGUUCUCUCAGCAGAAGGAUUUUUGUUUGUGUUCGGGGGCCAAGAUGAAAAUAAGCAGACACUGAGCUCAGGAGAAAAGUAUGAUCCAGAUUUAAAUACAUGGUCUGCAUUGCCACCGAUGAAUGAGGCAAGACAUAACUUUGGAAUUGUGGAGAUAGAUGGGAUGCUGUACAUUCUGGGAGGAGAGGAUGGUGAAAAGGAGCUAAUUUCCAUGGAGUGUUAUGAUAUUUAUUCUAAGACCUGGACAAAGCAACCUGAUUUGACCAUGGUUAGAAAGAUUGGCUGCUAUGCAGCUAUGAAAAAGAAAAUCUAUGCCAUGGGAGGAGGAUCAUAUGGAAAAUUGUUUGAGUCUGUGGAGUGCUAUGAUCCAAGGACCCAACAAUGGACAGCUAUUUGUCCACUAAAGGAGAGGAGGUUUGGAGCAGUAGCUUGUGGAGUUGCCAUGGAACUCUAUGUAUUUGGGGGAGUUAGAAGUCGUGAGGACAUCCAGGGUGGUGAGAUGGUAACUUGCAAGUCUGAAUUCUACCAUGAUGAGUUUAAAAGGUGGAUCUAUCUUAAUGACCAGAAUUUAUGCAUCCCUGCCAGUUCCUCAUUUGUUUAUGGAGCUGUGCCGAUAGGAGCCAGUAUUUAUGUUAUCGGAGAUCUCGAUACAGGUACCAAUUAUGACUACGUGCGUGAGUUUAAAAGAAGCACAGGAACCUGGCACCACACAAAACCACUGCUUCCCUCUGACCUUCGUCGCACCGGUUGUGCAGCCUUACGUAUUGCAAAUUGCAAGCUUUUCCGCCUGCAGCUUCAGCAAGGCUUAUUCCGUAUUCGUGUUCAUUCACCUUGAAGAGGAAGCAGAGCAGAAGCAGAGAUCCUGACCCAAGUGCACCAUAACAUAACAUGUCAGGGAGAACAGCGAUAGCGGCUGAGAUGGGCUCUGUGUGUUGUGCUUUGGUAUGGUAUCUCUUUGGUGGUUUGAUAAUGCUUAAAAGCUUGAGCUUCAGCUCUUGUUUGGGAGAACACGUAACUGUUGGAAAACUACCUGGGAGGAAUCAGUUCCUCCAGUUAGAUGUGUUAGUGGACAAAUGGAGACUAGGUAAUGUCAAAAGGAAAAGAAGCGAAAAUUGAUACAAUGUAAAAUAUUGAAGUCAAGAUACUAAGGUGCAUUUUCCCUGAAGGGAACUUAUAUCUGACUGACUGCUGUGUUCAAGUACAUGGCUGUGAUAUACAAAAAAUCCGUAUAUGCAAAUCAACAUAUCCAAACAUACCAAGUUUGCUUUUCUACUGCACUUGGAAGGGAGUAUUAUGCCUAGCCCUGCCCAACAGAUUAAGAUGUGUGCCUAAAACAUUAGAUUGGACUAUAUGCCAAUAAGUCUCCAUUUAUUACUAGUACUUUGUCCUGAGAAUGUUUUUUAAACCGUAUUAUGACGAAUUGAAACUAAGAUAACAACAUUUUCUUUUGUAACAUUCUAUCUUAGUGACCUAAGGAUUCGAUAAAUUUAAUGAGUCAGGUUGCAGCCCUCGCAUGAACUUCAAGGAAGCUGCCUGUGUUCGUUUAGAUUAAGAUGCGUUCUGCCGUGAUCUCUGGGGUAAUACUUUUGGAGUUGUGAAGGAUCUCAUGCAGUGCCAUUCUUCUCUUUUCAAUUUAUCAAAACCAUUUUAUAAGUAUGAGGAUAUUUAGCAAGUAGGAAAUUGUAUAAAAGAAAGACCUGAGUCAGAUGAAUAAUGAAAGUUUACUUUGACUUUAAAAAAAAAAAAACAAAAAACGUCCAGACAAAAUAUAUGGGGAUCAAAAACUUUUUAAAAUAAUCUGUCUGAAAGCACACAAAGUCUUGUUUACUGCUGUUUCAGGUUUGAAAACUUGUCUUAGAACGCAAAUCUGUGUUAAAAAAUCUAGUCUUUACAGUCGAUUUUCCCAAAGCUGUUUAUUAGUAAGAGUUUUAGACAAAUUAUGUUACGAGUAAAGUUUGGCUGGUAGAAUAACUACCUCAACUUAAUUUCAUUUUGUUCCUAGUAGAGCAAACUGAUCUUUUCCUUCUUCCCUCUCUUUUUCUGCCUUUUGCUCCUACCUUAACCCAUUCUACCCCACCUCCCAUCCUUUUGUUAGUGGAAUUUAUCUUUAACUAAUAUUUUAAUACUUAUUAUUAAGGUAUCCUGUUUUCCAUUCAAAUUAUACCAUCUCAGUGUGAAAUCAGGGGCUUCAAAGUGCUUAAUUACUUCAUAAUUUGAAUUUUAUGCAAUGUCAAAUUUCUGAUCAAUUUAAUAUAUAAUAUUUCAUUUUUAAUUGUUUUCUACAGCAUUUUUUCUCUUAGACUAUGGCUCUAAGCAGCAGCAUUUUGUCUUAGUGAUUAAUAAAUGCGUAAAUGUAUCCUUUGGCUAUAAAUUGAAGUAUAGGAGUUCCUUCUAGAAACUUCCUCUCUGGAAUCUUUUUAUGCUAUUACCGUGCAUAUGAAACAUCGCUUAUGGUUUCACACCCAUGAAUAGAAAAAAAGGUGACCUAUCUGCAGUAUUUUUUUUUCUUACAUCUGUUGGAGGUCACUGAGAUUCUACAAAGGUUGCUGAAAGAGGCCAUGGCCAUGGGGUCCCACAGAAUGUUGUAUUCGGCAUGCUAACUCUCCAUUCUAGCCAGAGGAUACUUGGUAAGAGAAGUAAGGAGGUUUUUGUUAUAUACCAGAAGUACUAGGCCAGAUUUGCCAGACAUUCGCCACACAUUCAUGGAAUAUAAUCAAAUUUGAUAUCUAAAUCAAAGCCAGGUUUUUUUCCCCUUUUAUUCUGUACCCACCAACUAUUUUCUACCCAUUUUCUCUGUGACACUUCGGAUAUCCUUUAAUCAAAGCAAGCUACUUAGCCACUGCAAAGAAAAAACAAUUUCUUUUUACCAUUAGAUAUUAGUUUUAGAGGAAACAAAUUGCUCAAAAGGUGAACUUUCCCUGGUGAAAUAUCCUGUACAGAACAGACCUCAGCAUUCCAAAACUGUAGUUGAGGUACAUUAAAAACAGUGACUGAUAUUUUGUUAAAGCCAUGAGAGUCAGCAUUCUCUUUUUUUAUUUCUAAAAAAUUCUUCCCAAUUGCCAGGCCCCUCAAAAGGAGACUAUUCAUUGUUUUGGAGUGAAUGGAUUCCUAAUGCAAUAUUCUCAGUGCCUACAUGAUUUGGUUAAUUAGUUUUCUAAAAAUAGGUUUUUUUUGUUUUUUUUUUUAAGUUUCUUGACACUGUAGCUGCAGAAAUUAGAUAAUGUUUUAUAAAAUAAAUUUGCCACGUAAUACAGGAUGCAAUAACCAACAAAAGCUGCUAAGUGCCAAACUUAUUUUAGUAUAUAGUAUAUAAAUAUAAAAAUAUUGUUUUGAAGUGUAGGGCUGUAUUUAAUUAUGUUCCAAAAAUCAAUCUUUUUUUUUUGUAAAUUAUACUUAUUUCAGUGUUGUGGAAUAAAUUUUAGCUCAUUUCAUACAGGUUUGUGUUUUAACAUUCCACUUAUGCCUUGAAACAUCAUUUCUUACUAACAUUUUUGAUACUUCUUUCUCCGUAAGGUACUUCUACCUGGUGUAAGUUGGAAUUGGCAGCUGAUGAUAGGUCUUUAAAAUUUUGCAUGUAAGUAUCUUUGGGGGAAAGUGCAGUUAAUUUUCAUUAUCUUACCAACAGAAGGAAAGUUGUCUCAGGUUAAAGUAAGUGAAUUUAAAAGUUCUCACCUAGGCUUUAGUCUAAAGUAGGUUUGUUUGUUUGUUUCUUUGUUUAAUACAUCCAAAUAUAGAUUUUUUUUCUCAAAAAUUUGAGUGUUUAAUUUAAAAGGAAGUUUUUUGUUUGUUUUUGAUAGUGCUUAUAACCUGUGAGAGGAAAAAGCAUGAGAGGAUUGAGAGUGAUGAGUGAGUGAAUGAGUGUGUGUGUGUUUGUGUUCUGUGACUUGGUAGGUCUGUUUGUAUAUAUUUACUUUUUGAAUUGUGGCUCCAAACUACUCAUGUUACUGUCUCCUGGUGCUUCAGAUAAAUUCUUGAGCCUGCUAACCUUCAGUUUAUACUACUGUGUUCAACUCAUGUUGAGUGUAAAUGUUGAAAUAUUUGUAGCAAGUUUUACUUGGUGUUUGCAUUUCUCAUCUGUAGUAGGAUUUUUUAAAAAGCAGUGUUUACCAACUAGUAAACACUACAAAGAUUUGGCCUGAGAAAUUUCCAAAUUCAUGUUUAGCUUAGUAUUACAUUGCUGUGAGGAGCUGAUAGCUAACAGUAAGCUUUUUUCAAACUGUGCAGCAACUAAAAAAGAAUAUUUGGGGUUAUGUUGAACAGUAUAUUGUUUGUAUUGAAGUCUUAUAGUGCACUACCACUUUAAUGAUGGUACUUUCUUCACUGUUGGUUUGGAAGUGCCAUUUUUAUAAUUUGUAAGUUGAGGGGAGUUCCUCAGGCAGUAUACAAGUAAUAAGUUCUUUGUAUUGACAUGGCAAAGAUAGGACUCUAUGCUGUGACACCUAAGUUACUCCUGGAUAGUUAGGUUUUUAGAGAAAUAUGUUAACUACCUUGGUCCAUUGGGGUCCAUUUGGUACAUUCCUGCUUCAUUGUACCAAACCAACGAUCCCAAAAAGAUUUCCAAGGAGUACUAAAAACACUGAAGUAUUGCCUUCUAGAAUGUUGGCUUCUUUUGUAAAAGAGGAGGCCUACCGAGGUCAAAUGAUGACAUCUGAUUAGCUGGGCAGAGAAUGAAGUGGCACUUUCAUUGUAUCGGUUUCCUGGUGGAAGGGAAAGAUGAGGCUGCUCUCUUUGGAUAGCUACCCCUUGAGCCAUGGGGAGCAGUAGGAAGCAGUGCAAAAGGGGACUGUUCAGUGCAGCAAAGCCUGCCCUGGGCUCUUCCACAGUGUUUAUUGUGUGCCCACUGUGUGGGACUUCUGGGGGAACUUACCUAUGAGGAAGAUGGAAUAGCACUGCCCUCCCUGUCUAGACUGUAAACUCCCUGUUUGCAAGGACUGUAAUUUAUCUGCUAAUCUCAAUGCUUGGCACAUGGUAGGUAGUCACUAAGUGUUUGACGAAUGAAUAUAUUAUGUUUGUGAUCAAAGUGAUAUUCUUCAGUGGAUUAAACAGUACUCUCCAAGAGUGACUCAUUUUAUGGAUUUUAAAUGAGAAACUGU